AUGGAAACUCUUCCAAAAGGACGUUUAGGAGUGAAUCUGGUGCAUGGCCAGCAGAAGGUCAGCCGCGUCGUAAUGAAGGAAGCCUUCAACGCGGGCUGGCGAGUGGGAGAUGUAAUCCUCUCUGUAAACGGACGCAAGGUCACGUCCAAUGCUGCAACACAGAAGGCAGUGCGCAGUGCCGUCAAGCGGAACUACUAUCACGGGGGUCGGGUGAAGUUUGAGGUGCGGCGUUGGGGUGUGCCAGACGGCAGCCGCAGCAUGCUCCAGUUCACGACAAAUGGUCGCCGAGACCAUCUGGUACCCAUGCUGGACAUUGCGAAGGGCAUUCUUCAGGAUUUUCACAUCGUCCUCUUCAUGGAGGGAACGCUAAAGAAGCCCAAGAAUCGCUUGACUCGCCAGGUCAUCAAGGAGCUGGACGAUCGGGGCAUGCCCUUCAAGGCCGUGGACUGCACUGAUGAGAAGAUCAAUCCUGGCAUCCGAAACGUCACAGAGCAGCUGGCAGGGGAGAAGGUGUUGCCACAGCUUUUCAUCGAUGGCGCGCACGUAGCCGGAGGGAGGGCGCUUCAGGACUUGUCGACUGAGUCUACUGCUGCGACGCCUGAGUCGACAGAAGCGGAGGCGAAAAGAUGGCUGUUUGCGCACAUGUUGGUCUCGUGGUUCGCCUUCGUUUGCAGCGCAGCCCUUGUUGUAGUUCUGUUCUGGUGGAGCGCGAGAUAG